GCCCCAUCAGCUCCGCGCCCGGGCGUGAGGGUUUUGGACCCGAGCCGGGAAGGGACGACCCUGGGCCGCGUGUCCUGCAGCCAUGGAGGAUGACCCGGCCGAGGCGCUGACCGAGCUGCGCGAGCGGCGGCCGGGCGCGUGGGAGCUGCUGCAGGUGGCGGCGGGCUCAGGCCUGGCCGUCUACGCCGUGUGGGCGCUGCUGCUGCAGCCCGGCUUCCGCGGCGUACCGCUGCGGCUGCAGGUGCCGUACGUCGGCGCGAGUGCGCGGCAGGUGGAGCACGUGUUGUCGCUGCUACGAGGCCGUCCUGGAAAGAUGGUGGACCUGGGCUCUGGCGACGGCAGAAUCGUGCUAGCGGCCCACAGGUGCGGUCUCUGCCCGGCUGUGGGCUACGAGCUGAACCCGUGGCUGGUGGGGCUGGCGCGGCUGCACGCCUGGAGGGCCGGCUGUGCCCGCAGUGUCUGCUACCGCCGAGAGGACCUCUGGAAGGUGAGCCUGAGGGACUGCCACAAUGUGUCUGUGUUCCUGGCCCCCAGCGUGCUCUCAUUGCUGGAGAACAAGCUGCUGGCCGAGCUGCCCGCAGGGGCCCGUGUGGUGUCAGGGCGCUUCCCCCUCCCCACCUGGCAGCCUGUGGCUGUGGUGGGUGAGGGCAUGGACCGUGUCUGGGCCUAUGAUGUCCAUCGUGAUGGGCCAGCUGGGCAGGCUGCCCCAGGACCUGGUUCUGCCUCAGUCCCCGGGGCCCCUGAUUCUCAGGGUGGUUGACUGUUUGGACACAAUAAAGACUCAGUGGACUGC